GGACGCGCGGAUGAAUGAACUGCAGACGAGUGCAGCUGGCUGAUGGCGGAAAGGGGGCAGAGUCCAUCUUGAGCGGCGAUCAAGAUCAAGCACGACACCUUUUUUUAUCUUUCAAAGGGGUGUCUUUUUUAGGGUUUUGUGGCUCGGUUUCGACCAGUACGGCUCACUGCCACGUUUGACGAGGCAGAUAGAGGGCAAGGCACCGUGAGGGCCAGUCAUCUCGCUGCUGAACGACCAGGCUCUCUUCAAAGUCGCAGACAUGGCGUUUGCACAGUUGAUCAUUGGCCCGCCCGGGACGGGCAAGACCACAUAUGCGCAGCAGCUGCGAGAAUUUCUCGGAUCCCUCGGUCGUGAUGUGCUGCUCGUCAACCUGGACCCCUCAUGCGACGACGAGCGCGCAACCGCCAACGCAUUUGAUGUGGACAUUCGCGAUCUCAUCUCCGCAAGGGAGGUUAUGGAGCGCCUGGAGCUGGGUCCCAACGGUGGCCUCAUGUUUUGCAUGGAAUACUUGCACGAGCACCUGGACUGGCUCGAAGAGCGCGUCAAGGCCGUGGACCGCCCAUACAUUCUCUUUGACUGUCCCGGCCAGGUCGAACUCUAUACACACCACUCUGCCAUGCGUGACUUUCUUCACACCCUUCAGCACAAGUGGCACUUUCGAGUUUGCACCGUCAACCUCAUUGACUCGUACAUGUGCAGCGACGCGGGUAACUUUAUUGCUGCCCUCCUGGCCUCCCUUUCCAUGAUGGUUCAGCUCGAAACUCCCCACGUCAACGUCCUCUCCAAAGUGGACUUGGUCGAAGCUUACGGCCGCUUGGAUUUCAACCUCGAAUUUUACACCGACGUGCUCGAUUUGCGGUACCUGCUAGACCGCCUACCGACCUCGCCACUUUUUGAACGCCAUCGCGCCUUUAACGCGGCGCUGUGCGACCUUGUGGAAGACUUUAGCCUUGUACAGUUUUACACCCUCUGCAUCGACAACAAGGAGCUGCUCUGGAACCUGACCCGCGCCGUGGAUAAGGCUCUGGGCUACCUCUACACCUCGCAAGAGCAGGGACGCAUCGACAUGGAAACGGCCAGCAUUGUUCGUAUCAAUGCACCGCUGCGCGGUGCCAUCGUCUGCACAGAGAUAUCUCCCCAUGGGCCCAACACCCAAGAUCCUCUGCUCCUCAACCCGCCAGAUAUGAAAAAUUAAGCAUGCUUGGCUCUUCAAUGCCCCUCGCAAACACUUGCCUGCCCCUCUGCACGCGUUUCAUAUGAAGUAUGUCUUAGCUUCAAUUUCAGCUUGCAUUCUUCGGAUGAUCAUCUCGCAAAAGCUCUGUGAUAUCUUGUUGCUUUUUGAGCACGCCAUCGACGAAUUCAUGACGCUUGUGCGGUGAUCGAU